AAACGGAUAAUUCACCUUGGCGACCUCUAUUUCACAUUUCUUGCGACUUUGAAGGGUGUACGGAGUCUUAGGCAAAAUUUGUUUGUGAGUGUAAGAUAGAGAGAGAAAAAUAGGAACGCAUGUGAUGAAGAGAGAGAUAGUGAGAAAUGACAACCUUAAAAAGAAAGAUCACAUUAGUUGCAAAUAAUGUGUAGUAUUCAUUUUUGGUAGAAGUUGCAAAAAAAUAUGAAACGGAGGUAAUAUAUGUUCAUUUUUAUUAACAAUUAUUCACUAAUAUAUAUAUCUUGCUUUUGUAAUCACCUUUAAUCUAGACCUUAUCUUUUUUUUUUCUUCAUUCAAUCUAUGGGAGUAUUUUUCCUCCUAAAGUUUUGUGUAAAAAAGCGAAUGAGACUUUUAUUUAGAGACCGAGAGAGUACACAUCAUAGUCACGAAUGGCCUGCAUCAGUGAAUUCAUUAUCCAUCAGCAUCAAGAAUAACACAUUUGACUGGUUAUCAGACAAAAAUAUAAGAAAAGAAAAGGAAAGGAAAAAGAAAAGUCAAGUUAAAGAAAGUGUUGAAAUAAUUGAGCUAAAGUUUGGUGCUUUAGAUAAAAUACAUGACUGGUACUGGACUACUAGUGAUCAAGAAGAAAAGUAACAAACUCAUACUGUCAAAUAAAACAGCAUAGAAAUGGAGGGUGAAACUUCAAGGCAUGUCAUGGUACUAACAUACCCAGCACAAGGCCACAUAAACCCCCUUCUACAAUUCACCAAGCUUAUGGCCUUGAAAGGAAUCAAAGCCACCUUUGCAACCACUCGUUACACUGCCUCCGCCAUCCAAGCCCCUGGUAUAACCAUUGAGCCCAUUUCUGAUGGUUUCGAUGAAGGUGGGUUCAAGCAAGCUUCAAGUCUACAAGCCUACUUAAACUCUUUCAAAGUCAUAGGUUCAAAGUCACUUACUGAGUUGAUUCAGAAGUUCAGUAACUCCUGUUAUCCUGUUGACUGUUUAGUUUACGAUUCUUUACUGCCUUGGGCACUUGAUGUGGCUAAGGAAAUGGGAGUUUGUAAAGCUGCUUUUUUGACUAAUUCUGCUUCUGUUUGCUCCUUGUAUUGGUACCUUCAUCAUGAUCUUCUUUCUCUGCCUCUGACACCUAAUAGUUUUCCUCUGGUUUUGCCGGGACUUCCUGAUCUUCAGCCUUCUGACUUGCCUAGUUUCAUCGCGCACCCUUUGGAGUUUUCCGGGUAUCUUGGAUCAAUCAUGGAACAAUUUUCUACUCUGGAGGAAAAUGAUUGGGUUUUUAUCAAUACAUUUGCAGAACUGGAAACCGAGAUAGAAAAGGCGAUGUCAGAGAAAUGGCCAUUGAUGAUGGUUGGACCGAUGUUGCCAUCUGCAUACCUUGGACAACAAAUGGAGGACAGAGAAUAUGGAGGAAGUCUCUGGAAUCAAGCCACAGAAAACUGCUUAAGAUGGCUAGACACAAAACCCUCUAACUCAGUAAUUUACAUCUCCUUUGGAAGCAUGGCAGAGGUACCAGGAAAACAGGUAGAAGAAAUAGCCUGGGGUUUGAAAAACUUGGAAAGCCCUUUCCUUUGGGUUUUCAGGGAAUCAGAUACGAAGCUACCUCCCGAGUUUCUCUCAUCACUCAACGAUGAAAUUGGAGUAGUUGUAUCAUGGUGCAAUCAGUUAGAGGUGCUAGCCCAUCCAGCCAUAUGCUGUUUCAUCACACACUGUGGGUGGAACUCAAUGUUGGAGGGCCUGAGUCUUGGUGUGCCUAUGCUAGCGAUCCCUCAAUGGAGUGACCAGCCUAUGAAUGCGAAGAUGAUGGAGGACGUUUGGAAAGUGGGAGUGAGAGCUAAAAAGGGUAGUGAAGGCAUUGUAAGUCGGGAAGAAAUAGAGAGAAGUGUAAGGGAGGUUAUAGCAGGGUUGAGCAGCGAAGAAAUAAAGAAAAAUUCUUGUAGCUGGUGUAAGCAAGCUGCUAGGACAGUAAGCAAAGGUGGUAGUUCUGAGUCAAAUAUAGACAAGUUCUUGCAGACGCUGCAGAAAAAAAAAGCAGCACAAAGCUAUAAGUAGAGAGUAAAUAAUUAAUGUGUACUUCGAAUAUGCCAUAUUAGUUGUACAAUAUGGAUUCAUGUUUCAUCUGAAUCUACAAUAUAGAGCUUUCUUUAUGUAUACAUGAGCUACUUUCAUAAGUAUAAAAUAUACAGUGGGGUGCUUCACUGCUUUUGAC